AUGACGGAAGCAGAUGUCGCAACAAAAGCUCCCGAGAGCGAUGCGCAGGAGACCGAAAUCCCAGGCGAUACACCUGCACAGACCGGUCCUACGAUGGGUGAACACUGCACAUCUGACAGGCCGACCCCUGCUGGUUUAACUCCAAAGGGAGAGCUAAGAAAACUUGGAGGAGUGGAUAUAUACCUUGCGAAACCCGAUUCAUAUCCCACAUCUCCCUCCAAGCUCCUCCUUCUACUCUCGAGCGGUACGGGCAUCAAAUCGACAAAUAACCAAAUCCAAGCGGACAAAUUUGCAGAUGAGGGGUUCGUCGUUGUCAUGCCAGACCUCUUCGAAGGCAACCCAGCGCCCAACCCACCACCUGUUCCCGACUCCGAAGCAGAAGGGACCUCGUUCCUCGACAAGAUCAAACUCAAAGCCGCCGAAAUUGCGAAGUCCUUUGUAAUCGACGAAUGGCUAGCCCGGCAUACCGAAGAGAAAGUCAUGCCUAUCCUUGAGAAGGUCAUUGAGGCGUCUAAAGGCGAAUUUGCUGACGCAGUGGGUUAUGGAGGUGGUAUCUACGCCGUGGGUUACUGCUUUGGUGGUCGAUAUGUCCUGCUGCUCGCAAGUGAGCGCGAGCGGAUACAAACAGGUUGGAGCGGUGCCCAGAAAUCUGCCGACGAAGAAGCGGGAGACGGGGCCAACUUGGCCAAAAAGGGACCCUAUAUCAAAGCGGGUGCAUUGGCGCAUGCCACACUAGUGUCACCAGAUGACUUCCAGGGCCUCAAAGUGCCAGUAAGUUUGGUCUGCGUAGAGAGCGAUCCCAUGUUUCCCGACGAUGUUCGAGAAACUGGGGAAAAUAUCAUGUCCAGGGCGAAUCUAGAGCAUGAAGUUCAGGUAUAUCCUGGUGUACCCCACGGAUUCGCAGUCAUCGGUGAUUAUGACGACGCAAAUAUCAAGAACGCGCAAGUGACAGCUUAUGAGCAGCUGCUAAAGUGGAUCAAGGAACAUUAG